GGGAGGAGUCAAAGCUUCGAGUCGAAGAGAGGAGCCAGAGUGGGAAUCAGAGCGGACAGGUGAGAUCGAGGGACCGAAGCGACGAGGAGGAAGGCGGUUGUGGAUCAUGGUCCUCUCCGACUCGCACAGCUUCGCUUGAGCCGUGUUUCCAGGCUGUGGCUGCAGACGGCAGUGGAUUGUAUGUGAAGGGCUUGGGGUUGUGUGGUGCAGAGCCGAAGGGUGAGCCGCAGAGUGGAGCUCAGGAAAUACUUAGCGGCUGCAAUCAGGGGGAAAUCUCCAAGCUCUUAAACACAGGCUUCUGACCACAGCCUCAGGAUGUCAGCAAGAACUUUAGAACCAUGUUUGCAAGACGCAUUGCUACCAGCGAGUUUGGUUUAAUAAAAGUUCAGAAGACUGGAAAAGAGGACUGCAAAAUCUCAACCGAAGUUCCAGCAGAAACUUUAUUUGGACUUGAGAAAGGAAAUCUUCCCGGAGAUUGCCUGUUUGAAACCUGUGCCAGCGGAGAUCAGAAGUGUGUGAGCGGGGGAGGGGAUGGGGGGCUUCGCUCUGGAAGUUUAUUGCUGACGAUCUGGCCAAAGGCAUUUUGUUCCUGAAUAUUUUAUUUCUUCCAAAGUGUUUCCGCACAUCACGCCCACAGUUUGUUAGGAGCACUAAUUAUUUCUAUUGCAGAUGGACAUUGUUGUAAAUAGCCUUCAUUCCUUGGAAGAGAAAUAGCCGUGUUAUUCUCCGCUUGGAUCAGUGAAAAGGGGGAAUGCGGUUGAGACGAUUAAUUCAUUGAUCUGGGUUUAAAUAGUUCGAUUUUCACCGCGUUGAUCCUAGGAGCCCUUACUGCAAAGACCGUUUCAUGCUUUGAUGGUAGGGAUCAAGACUUUAAGCACAAGAUCAUCGCAGAGGAAUUACCUGCUUGAUACUGUAAUCUUGGAUUACUUGGUGACCGUUUUGCCAGAGAGAUAUGGGGAGUGGAGCGGAGACAGUGCAAGGAGCGGUUUACUCAGCUUUGAAAAGUGCCAUGGCCUGGAGGUACCUGCUGGUUACUGUCACUCUCUUAUCGGGCUGCAGACAGGCCCUAGUAGAAGCAAGCUCGUGGUGGUCUUUAGCCAUGAAUCCAAUUCAAAUACCCGAGGUGUACAUUAUAGGAGCUCAACCUUUGUGUAGCCAGCUGGCUGGGCUUUCUCAAGGCCAGAAGAAGCUUUGCCAGUUGUACCGGGAUCACAUGCAAUAUAUUGGAGAGGGUGCUAAAACUGGCAUCAAGGAAUGUCAACAUCAGUUCAGACACCGGCGGUGGAAUUGCAGCACAGUUGAUAACACAUCUGUCUUCGGCAGGGUCAUGCAGAUAGGAAGCCGAGAAACUGCCUUCACUUACGGGAUUUCUGCUGCUGGAGUGGUGCAUGCUAUCAGCCGAGCUUGUCGUGAGGGGGAGCUGGCCACGUGUGGCUGCAGUCGUGCUGCAAGGCCCAAGGAUUUACCACGUGACUGGCUAUGGGGUGGCUGUGGAGAUAAUGUAGAGUAUGGCUACAGGUUUGCAAAGGAGUUCGUGGACGCCAGGGAGAGGGAGAAGAUCUAUCAGAAAGGAACUUAUGAUAGUGCCAGGACAUUUAUGAAUCUGCAUAACAAUGAGGCUGGAAGAAGGACGGUGUACAACCUGGCGGACGUGGCGUGUAAGUGUCACGGGGUGUCGGGCUCCUGCAGCCUGAAGACUUGCUGGCUGCAGCUGGCCGACUUCAGGAAGGUGGGCGAUGCACUGAAGGAGAAAUACGACAGCGCCACGGCCAUGAAGUUGAACGGGCGCGGCAAACUGGUGCAAGUCAACAGCCGCUUCAACACGCCCACCACCCUGGACCUGGUCUACGUCGACCAGAGCCCCGACUACUGCGUCCGCAACGAGAGCACCGGCUCCCUGGGCACCCAAGGGCGCCUGUGCAACAAGACCUCGGAGGGGAUGGAUGGGUGUGCGCUCAUGUGCUGCGGCCGGGGCUACGACCAGUUCAAGACAGUGCGCACGGAGCGCUGUCACUGCAAGUUCCACUGGUGUUGCUAUGUCAAGUGCAAGAAGUGCACCGAAGUGGUUGAUCAGUUCGUCUGCAAAUAACACCCCACUUUCCACCCCCAGCCCCCGCCCCCCUCAAAA